CGUUCCGAGCCCAGCGCGACCCAAACGACGCGAGCUGUGCCGUGCUGAACGAAGCUCGCCCGGGCUUCGGCGUCGCCGUGCCCCCAGCCGCCGAGCAUGUCCCUCCGCGGGUAGCCACGCCUCUGGGCCGCUAAGUCUCUCCGCGCCCCCCACCCCGGGCACUGGGCGCUCCGCGCGCGGGUGGAUGCUUGGGAGUGGAGGAUAAAGUACAAGUGUCUGGGACCGGUGAAAUGGAGGCCUGAUGUAGUUGGAAACAUGGGGACGUCCAGAGGGCAGCUGAAAUUUUUAUCCUGCACCUGGAUCUCAAAUGAAGAAGAAGCUCUGAACUCUAUUAUGAAGGACUUGGCAGCGUUGGGCAAAUGUGGGGGACUGCUGGACAACAACAGGAAUAAAAACAGUGUUCACUCCAGCAAACAGCAGCGAAAUGUCAGGAUCAAGUUUGAACAUCAAGAAGAAAAAAGGAUCAUCCCGUUUCCAAGACCAGUCAAAUUCAAAGAAGUGGUGCAGAAGGUCACGGAUGCUUUUGGACAGACGAUGGAUUUAGGCUAUGUGAACAAUGAGCUCCUGAUCCCGCUGAAAUCCCAGGAAGAUUUGGACAAAGCAGUGGAACAGUUGGAGCUGAGCCCUUCCCUGAAGAGCCUGCGGAUCAUUGUGAGCGUUCCAAAGAAAGCGAAUCUCCUCCAGCCGAAUAACAGCAAACAGCAUGAAAUGAGGAUCUCCAGAUCCAUGGGUGAUAUCAUGGGAUCCCUGUACAAAGACUCCGAGAGGACACGGAAGUAUUCAACAGGCUCUCUGCACACCGGCCGAAGCUCUCCACCCCCGGGCAGCGUUCCUGAGGAGCAGCAGCAGAUUGCUCGCCAAGGAUCCUACACCAGCAUCAACAGUGAGGGGGAGUUCAUCCCUGAGACCAUGGAUCAGAAUAUGCUCGAAGCUUUCAUCAGCCCCGAUGGGUCACUAUCUGGGAGCUGCCAGUCACUGGACAGAUCUGUGGACAGCCCUCCCUUUACCCAAACCCCGGUUCCUGGAAGGAAAAGCCAUCCCAAAGACAGUCUUGAUUGCAUGGAUUUUGACAUCCCUUUCUGCGAAAGGUUUGGCAAAGGUGGGACCUUCCCGAGGCAGUACCACCUCUCCCAAAGCCGCAAGGACUACAGUGAUGGACGAAGGACUUUCCCCAGGAGUUACUUUCCCCAGGAGAACCUGUUCCAGCUUGUCCCUUCGAGCCGAACCAAGAGCUUUACUGGAGACAAGCUCAGCACCUUGCAAUACGACGAGUACAGGCCCAAAUGGUGGAACAACUGUGAAAAAGGCCUGCAAGUCUUCAGCACCUCCCCUACAAAAGCCAGGGAUUCCCUGCAGGCACCUGUGAACUGGAGGCUGGGGAAGCUGCUGGGAAGAGGAGCUUUUGGGGAGGUUUAUCUCUGCUAUGACGCUGACACUGGCCGGGAGCUGUCAGUGAAACAGGUGCCUUUCGACCCUGACAGCCAAGAGACAAGUAAAGAGGUGAAUGCCUUAGAAUGUGAGAUUCAGCUGUUGAAGACUCUCCGUCACGACAGGAUAGUGCAGUACUAUGGGUGCUUGCGAGAUCCUGAGGAGAAGAAACUGUCUAUCUUUGUUGAAUACAUGCCAGGAGGCUCAAUAAAGGACCAGCUAAAGGCUUACGGUGCUCUGACUGAGAAUGUCACACGCAAGUACACCAGGCAGAUCCUGCAGGGAGUCUUCUACUUGCACAGCAAUAUGAUUGUCCACAGGGACAUUAAAGGUGCCAAUAUUUUGAGAGAUUCUGCUGGAAAUGUGAAACUUGGAGAUUUUGGGGCCAGCAAACGCAUCCAGACCAUCUGUAUGUCUGGGACUGGGAUUAAAUCUGUCACAGGAACACCAUACUGGAUGAGCCCAGAGGUUAUUAGUGGAGAGGGCUACGGAAGGAAAGCUGAUGUGUGGAGCGUGGCCUGCACCGUGGUGGAGAUGUUAACGGAGAAGCCGCCGUGGGCGGAGUUCGAAGCCAUGGCGGCUAUCUUUAAGAUCGCCACGCAGCCCACCAACCCCCAGCUCCCGGACGGCGUGUCCGCCUCCUGCCGCAACUUCCUCAAGCAGAUCUUCGUGGAGGAGAAGCGGAGGCCGACGGCCGAGGACCUGCUGAGACACCCGUUCGUCAGCUGCGGGCUGUGAGCGGCGGCGCGGGGCUGCCGAAGCGCCGGCCGGAGAGGGCGGCCGCCGGAGCCGCGGCUCAGAGCUCCCGCGGGGCCGUUCCCCUCGCCCGGCGCCGGGCCCGCACCCGCCGGCGGCCCGCGGACAGUCUGCGCCGGGGGGUGGGAGUGAGGGCUGUCACGGCCCGUGCGGGUGCUGGCCAUGGACCGAGCGACCUCCUCGCUGCCGGCCGCGUUGGGGACCGUCCUGGGGGCCGUCCCCCCUCAGCACCGCAGCAACGCUUGCAGCAGCCCCGGCUCCGGCGCUCGGCGGCCAUCGCCACCUUCUGCAGCGGAACAGACGAGCUUCAGCCGCGCCAGAGGAGAUGAUCCUCGGACCUGGGGGUCGAGGGGACGCGGGUGUCCCUCCCGGGGGCCGCGGGGCCGGGCAGCGUUUCCCACCGCGCUGUGCCUUAAGCGGUUACAAUCACGGGGUGACCGCGGCCCGGCACGAGGUCGGUGCUGAGGCAGCGGCCGCGGCGGCUUCUCCUGUGUAGCGAGUGUGUGGGUGCGUGUGUGUGCGAGUCUGGAAGAAGGAAGGGGGUCUUCUCGGGGUGCAGGAGGUCUCGGCGGGAUACCCCUAUGGACGGAUGCCCGGGACCUCUGCCAUGGGCUGGUCAGAGGGGUGUGUACAUGCGGUGAUGCCUGCGGUGGGCAGGGCUGAGCAUCAGCUAGUGGGUGCUGGGAGUUCAGGUAGGAGCCGGGGGCGGAUCUCGGUGAGAGUGACUUUGCUCAUAGCUGUAACCCUGCUAUCGCGGGUCCAUCUGCCACGCUGGGGUUGGAGAAAUACCAGCUCGUUUCAUAAGCAGAAUUGCACGAGGAGCUCAGUGAGUCUCCAUAAAACUCAAGUGGGCACCUAAAAUAGGGCAGAGAGGACUGGCACCUGCAGAUCUGGACUGCUGAGGGCUGGGUGCCUUCUUCCAUGCCCUGGGUGCAGGGAAGGGGGUUGUCCCCUCCAUUAUGGUGCCUGAGGGAGCAGCUGUAGCACCAUGGAGCCUCAGGCUGCACAGCAGAGCUGUGUUGGCUGAACACAGUUCCAAGCAGAUUUCUUCCUGCAGCCUAUUUGAGGUUUUGGGAGAAAACAGCCCAGUUAAAAGCAAAGUUGGGCUACAGCCUCUUUGAUCAGCACUACCCUGCUGGAAAGCUUCAGCAGGGAGCAUGCACAGAGUCCCUGGAAGCUAAUGAAUUAAUCAGGUCUUGGUUGUUUUGGACAAAUUAAUUGCACCAUCCCCCCUCUCUGCUGCAUUAGCUAUUUCUGCCUGGCUCAGCAAAGGGUUAAAUAAGCAGUUACAGUGAGGUUGCCAUCUUCAGGCCAGUGUGUCAAAGUGAUUUCUAUUAAUACUACUUUUUAUUGAAAAUGAAAAGCAUUGUUUGGAUUGAAGAGAAAAUCGAGAACGGGAUUUUCAUGUGACUUCACAUGUCCUUGAAUGGAAGAAAGAUUUUGCACUGCUGCUGUGGCAGUGGGAGUGUUGCCUUGUCCACAGCUCUGAAAAGAGAAGCAAAACUUAGAGUUGUUUCAAUUUAAAAAAUAUAAAACACUGAUAGAGUCAGGGAAAGUGAAAAGAAAUAGCUGUGGUGAAGCAGGGCAGCAGCAGGAGUUGGUGCCAGUCGCCCACAGUGGUGUGAUGGGCAGCUUUCCUCCCAGAGGGGGCUUAGAGCCACAGCUCCUUUCUCGGAGGGGAAAUGAAGUGUUUAAUUCUGUCAA